AUGUGCCGAGGGAACGACAAACCUGAAAUCCUUCUCUUCGACAUCUCUUUACAUCAAACUAGACUAGAGGUUAAUCCUCUGCAGGGCAGCUGUCGCUCAGCCGAAUUACCAGGAGGAUUAGUGUCUCCGCCCUGUAUCAUACAGACUGUCAUCAACACAAACAGCAGUCGGUGUAACACGACACGGCAGAAAGCCGCCGCCAUGCCAACAGUUAAGAGCAAGAAGAGGAAAGUGAAGAAGGAGGCGAACGAGACGGAGGAGCAGGGGGAAGUGGGCCUGGAGGUGGAGAUGGAGAAUGUGACCAAUAGGAUUAGCUCUGAGAGCAGGGACCCUCUGACUCCUGAUCUGCAGGAUCCAGCACCGCAGAAGAAGAAGAAAAAGAAGAAAGCCUCCACUAUUGACCAGGAAACGGAGCAUGCUGAUGUUCCAAACGGAAACACGGUCGACUCAGGCCUGGAUGGAGAGGAAACGGCCGUUCCUGUCACCAGAAGAACCAAAAAGAAGAGCAAAAAGGCAAAGGCCGCAGAGCACACCAGCAAUGACCUGGGAGUCGAAGAUGAUGACAUAAUCUCCGAUGCCCAGUCGCCCAUCCCCCAGCAUUCCCUGUUCUCCGCCCCGCACGGACAGAGCCACCCGGUCGGCAAAGUCUUCGUGGAGAGGAACCGACGUUUUCAGGCGGAUCGAGUGGAGCAGCUCAGACACACAGAGCUGAUGGACGACUACAUGGACCCCAGGCAGAUCUGGACCACCAGGGACAUCGCUUUGAGGGUUCACGGCGGCUUCAGGGUGAUCGGGCUGUUCUCUCACGGAUUCCUGGCCGGUUUUGCCGUGUGGAACAUUAUCGUUGUGUACGUGCUGGCGGGCGAUCAGAUGACUUCGCUGUCCAACCUGCUGCAGCAGUACCAUCCGCUGGCCUACCCGGCGCAGUCUCUGCUCUACCUGCUGCUCGCCAUCAGCACCGUGUCCGCCUUCGACAGGUCUGUGAGCACCAUGUUCAACAGCAACCGGCACGUCAGCUUCAAAGACAAACAAACCCCCAGAAACAUCAUGGUGAACCUGGCCAAGACUUCCAUGGCCCUGAGAGGCUUUCUCACCCUCGACCCUGUUGCCCUGGCGUCAUUCUUAUAUUUUAUAGCCCUGAUCCUGUCCCUCAGCCAGCAAAUGACCAGUGAUCGCAUCAACCUCUAUCCGUCCGCCAAUGCGACUCUGUGGCCCUCGGGCUCAGAGGAGCAGAUCCUGCGGCCGUGGAUCGUGGUCAAUCUUGUGGUGGCGCUGUUAGUGGGUUUGGCCUGGGCUGUUGUGUCCACGCGGCCGGACAUCGACUACACAGAAGCACGACACAUCCAGUCAGCGCGAGCUGCAGCCGUUAGUAGUAAAAAGCAUGUAAAGAUGGCGGAGCUACAGAUGCUGCUGGAGGAAGAAAUUCCAGCGGGACGGAGAGCGUUGCUGGAUAGUUUUACCAACCUGGAAAGAGUAGCGGAAUACUGCGAAAGCAACUAUGUACAGGUACUCUCCGCAGACAAGCAGCGAGCGCUUGAGGAGACGAAGAGCUACACCACCCAGUCCCUGGCAAGCGUGGCCUACCUCAUCAACACGCUGGCCAACAAUGUGCUGCAGAUGCUGGACAUUCAGGCCUCGCAGCUGCGUCGGAUGGAGAGCUCCGUCAACCACAUUUCACAGACCGUCGACAUUCACAAAGAGAAGGUGGCGAGGCGAGAGAUCGGCAUCCUGACCACCAACAAGAACACAACUCGCUCCCAUAAAAUUGUUGCCCCGGCCAAUCCAGAGAGGCCAGUGCGCUACAUUAGGAAGCCUAUUGACUACAGUGUGCUGGACGAUACUGGGCAUGGGGUCAAGGUGAAUGGCCAGCAGAACAUGAAACUUGGAGGGGGUUUGUCCCGGUCAAAUCCUCCGACCCAGAAACCGCCCAGUCCACCAAGGGCAGGCAAGGGGAUCUUCGGGAAGAACUCCCCCUACAGGACUCUGGAGCCAGUGCGCCCCCCAGUGGUGCCCAAUGACUAUGUUUCCAGCCCAACCAGAAAUAACAUGGCCUCUGGACAGCUUCCAAGUCCUGUGCGCACAGCCACCCUCAACCAUCGCCCCCGAACGUACAGUGGUAGCAGUGGAGGCAGCCACCCCAGCAGCAGCAGCCGGAGCAGCAGCAGAGAGAACAGCGGCAGCGGCAGUGUGGGCGUUCCCAUCGCCGUGCCGACGCCCUCCCCACCCUCCACCUUUCCAGCUAGUUCUUCCUCCACCGCACCUAAUUCCUCCCCUUCUCCUUCCCCAACUCCUUCGUCCUUCUCCUCCUCCUCAUCCACCACAACCUUAACCCAACCUAAUGCGCCUCUGCCGCCAAACUCACCUUCACACUGCGCUGAUUCAGCACAAUCGAACGCACCAAACACCAGCACCUCCUCUCCUUCUAACCCUAACCCUGACACACCCGAGGUCGAGCCGUCUUCUAUCCCUCCUCCCGCCCCUCCUCCUCCACUCUCCUCUUCCUCAUCACCUGCUGAAGGCCCCAUCGUCCCUCAGUUCUACAGCAUGAACCGGCCUCAGCCUCGACAACAGGCCCCGCAGGUUGGGGGGUCACUUCCAUACCGCCGCCCCCCCUCUGUGACCGGUCAGCCCAUUGUAUCACAGAACCAUGUUAACGGUGGCCCCCACUACAACCAGAGCCCGGCCUCCCCUCCACCCCCUUCCUUCCUCCAGUUCACCCCUCAGCUUCCUCUAAUGGGAUUUGUCGCUCGGGUUCAGGAGUCCAUUUCAGACAGCCCCCAUCCACCUCACCCGUCCACAGAGAGCCAAUCAGGGCCUGCGGAGGCUUCGACCUCCCCACAGCCAUUGGAGGACGGACACGGGGAAGAAGACUCUGCCGUGGUGGAGUACAGCGAUCCGUAUGCUGAAGAAGACCCGCCAUGGGCUCCCAGAACCUACAUGGAGAAAGUGGUGGCCAUCUAUGACUACAGUGCAGACAAAGAGGACGAGCUGUCGUUUCAGGAAGGAGCAAUCAUUUAUGUCAUCAAGAAGAACGAGGACGGAUGGUUCGAGGGAGUGAUGAACGCCACCACCGGCCUCUUCCCUGGGAAUUACGUUGAGUCUAUCAUGCACUACGCUGACUGA